AUCUUAAUCUAAAUCUGGCACACUGUACACUCCGCAAUGCCCCUAUCACUGGGAUAGUGAACACAAACUAAAUUUUGAACUGGCCGUGGAGGUCAAACACUUAUCAAAACGAGAAACGAAAAACCAAAAACAAAACAAAAAUACUGAAAAUGAUCGGUUUGUGGAGCGUCGUUCGCCAACCGACGACACAUGUAUAAUAUGUAUGAUGUCCUAAUGUAGUUGUGUGCGUGAGUGGUGUCUGUGUGGAUAUGGCUGAGGCCCAAAACCAGAAGAUUAGAUUUAGAUUUGCCCUGGGGCAGUCCUAAGCGCCCCUCAAAAGAAAAAAACGAACAAUUCUCAUCGAAACUAAAAGUGAAAUGUGAGAGAAGCAGCAGAUCGAAGAUCAUUAGUAAAGUGAAUAUGCAAUAGUGCCAUAUAAAAAUACAUAUUCAAUAUUUACAUACAUGCAUCUGCCAAUGUACAGAUUGUGUAUGUAUGUGUAGCCAUACAUAUGUUGCAUAAGCUAACCUAGUCAAAGGAGUAUAACUCUUACACGUCAUGACGAAAUAGGAAUAGAUCCUCAUCCAGCCCAUCGCAAAGCCCAACAGAGUAUGUCGGGAAAACGGAAAUCACCGCCCAGUAAAGUCGACGCCGAUUCAAAGAGCAGCUUGCAGAGAUUAGAGCUGUUGAAAACUGAAAACAGAGAGUCUCAUGCGUCAAAUGUCAUCGAUGAUAGCGACAAGAUGCAGCAACAAUUCUUUAAUAAUAAUAAGAAUGAAGACGGCGGAUGCACUAUGAAUAGCGGAGCUGGUGGUCCGGCUAUGGCCAAUGAGAAUAUGGAUAUGUCCCUGGGCUUGGGAUUGGGCGUCGCCCUUGGCCUUGGCCUGGGUAUGGUAUCAACUAGUGAUACAGAUCUGGACACAGAUACACGAAGUGUUAGCGCCGGACUUAGCUCCAACAACGAAUCGGAGACGGACAAUGCUGCCCAGUCAACGCGGUACUCUACGUCUAAAAGGCGCGUAAAGAAGACUGGGUCCAAAUCGCGCCUCAGCAAUGGCGGUGGCAAGUCAAAUUUUAUCUCAUCGCCGGUGGAUCAGAGCAAUGUGAGUGUCUAUAAUGGCCGGGACGCUGAUGAAAACUGGAGGCUACCGAGGGUGGAAGGCGAUGAGGACUCCGAGAUGCUUGAAAUUCAGGAUUCAAAGCAGAACUCGCUGGCUGAUAUGGAAGUGAGUCAAAAAGCAUUAAUGCGCAUAGAGGAUCUCGCUGAUAUAGACGGAGGAGGGACAGAUGAAGCUCAGCUGCGAUCGCACCACAACAAGGACGUAAUAGGGACUGACAUUGGAUUUGAAGAGAAAUGUAUACCCAGUCCAGAACAGCGAAUUUCACCAUCGGCUGCAGGACCACCGCAUCAACUUUUUUCCAGCUAUGUUAGUCCAAACACAACGGAAUACUCCACCAUGCUAAAGCCAAGUAUUUCACUGAGGGAAUCUGGAAUCUUGCCAGGAGCCAUCUCUGAGGAGCGGGCAUAUGAAAAGGAUCGCACGGUAACCGAGAUGAUUCGACAGCUGCAGAUGAUACGCAGUCGACUUCUAAAUCAGACGCAGUUUGAGAGUAUGACUGACAUUGAGGCUAGCAUUCAGCAGCAGCAACUGCACAAUGUCCAGCGAUUGCAGCAGGAGAGCUGCCUGCAGGAGCUGCACCAGCAGCUUAGUGCUCAGUUUUCGGCGAAUCGUUUCCCAGGACCACAGCAUCAUCAUCACCAGCAGCAGCACCAAACCAGCUCUGGAAACUUGGUACCAUUCCUCCCAGCCUUCCUGCGCCCACCAGUGCCCAGUGCACAGCAACUGAUGCACCUGAUUCCCGGCCAUGUUGGCCACCAGUCACAGCACACCGGACAUAGUCAUGGUCACAGACCUAUGUGGCCGACUGCGGUAGCUGCCGCCCAUAUCCAGGCUCUGGCUGCUGCGGUAGCGGCAACCAAUAACAAUAACAGCUGCAAUAACAACAACAAUCUGAUGUCGUCAUCGUUGUCGCCCAUGGUCAACAAGCAAUUGAGUGGAGAUACUGCUCCUCCAUUAGACACUGUAGCGGGAUCGGGACCGGGUGUCGGAGCAGGCAGUGGGAUAUGUGGUGUGGCAGGUGGUGGUGGCGAUGCAAGGUCAGAGUCUCCUGUCUACGGCCACGCGUACUGCCACAAUACACCGCCCGAUUCGCCUCACGGUCCCAGGACGGGGAGUGCGGCAGCAGCCCAGGUUCAGGGCCAGUUCGGCAAUGCCGAAUCGGAGGGAUCUAUGUUUGUACCUUCCUCGCCGACGGACCAGCACCAUAGCAUAGCUAGUCAGUCGGAUCCCCACGAUACGGAAAUGGAUGCCCCGCUUAAUCUUACCAAGCCGAAGAACUCACCCGGAUCGUCUCCGAUUAGCUCCUCCGGACCGAGAGAACGCCUGACUCCCGCAGUUGUCGCUAGUCCCCCAUUAAAUUGGCAGCCAACGUCUGCAGUGGCCCAACACCAGCAUCAAUUUGUCGAGAUGGAGGCAACAUUGUUGAAGACUCGUGGCCGAAUAUGGAACUCAGCUGGUGGUCAAGGGGCGACGACAAACAACGAUUCCUGCCCCACCCUGUCCACGACCAGCCUUGGUGUGGGUGGAACACGGGCAGCUCGCAUAAGUCGGGACUCUAUUAACAGCUGUGGCACCAGCUCCGAGCGAUCGGCAGCCGCUUUGGAUCCUGAAUGCCACACCCAAGUUCAGCCAGCUCCGCCGUCAACACAACCCCAGAGGCAUGGCAAUGGCCACAGUCAUGGUCAUGGACAUGGUCAUGGUCACAGCAAGCCACACAUCAAGCGGCCGAUGAACGCGUUCAUGGUGUGGGCGAAGGACGAACGCCGAAAGAUACUGAAGGCCUGCCCCGAUAUGCACAAUUCAAACAUAUCGAAAAUCUUGGGUGCCCGCUGGAAGGCAAUGUCGAAUGCGGAUAAGCAACCCUACUACGAGGAGCAAUCUCGACUCUCGAAACUUCACAUGGAACAGCAUCCGGACUAUCGCUAUAGGCCACGCCCCAAACGCACCUGCAUCGUAGAUGGAAAAAAGAUGCGCAUCUCGGAGUACAAAGUACUGAUGCGCAAUCGGCGAGCUGAAAUGAGGCAGCUUUGGUGUCGGGCCGGCGGUAAUGGGGGUGGUCCCGGUUCUGUGUCAGCCGAUUGUCCUCCGGGUCAAGAUGGUUCCACAGUGCAGGCGGUUGUGGCCGCUGCUGCAGCCGCCUAUCAUUUGCAGGAUAUGGGCCAGGGCCAGGACGGUGCCGCCUGUUCGGGAUCUUCUGUGGGUGGCGGCAACUUUUAUUAUCCUCCAGAGAGCUUAUCGCCAUCGGGCUUUUCAUCGGAGGACAUGGAAAUGUCAUCGCAGCGUGACAUCGAUGACUGAAGAAUCUGUCAUAGAUAACGUGCCAUAGCAAUCAUCCCAGUCCCGAUUCGGUUCCCGAUCCUGUCAAGGACAAGGAAGCCUAGCAUGUGGACAGCAAUGCAACGCUCAUCGGCUUUGUAAAUAGAACAAGUUAAAAUAAUAUCUGUGUAUAGUCCCAUAAGUUUCAGUUUCAAGUGCCAUUACAUACACACAUACAUACAUACAA